CAAACCACUGCUGGCCGAAGCAGCGUGUUGCGGAUCGUGUCGGGUGGUGGUUGGCGGGGUUGCCACGGAGGGAGGUCACGGUGGACCACAUCAAGCUUGACAUCUCUGCUGGCUUCAUGUGUUCUGUGACUGUCAUCCUCCCAGCCUGAGUGGGCAGCUCUCACCGUCGCCUCCAGCGCGCGUGCUCCUACAGCGAGUACCGCCUCAGCCGUCGCUAUGGGCAUCAGUGGCUUGCUGCCAUUCCUGAAGCGCUCGACUCGGCCGGCGAGCGUGCGCGAAUUCUCGGGCGGUACGGUGGCCGUUGACGCGUACUCGUGGCUGCACAAGGGCGCGUUCGCCUGCGCCGACCGGCUGGCGCAAGGUCAGCCCACCGACGUGUAUGUGCGCUACUGCCUCAAGUACAUCAAUCUGCUGCUGUCCCACGGCGUCAAGCCCAUCCUGGUGUUCGAUGGCUGCCACUUGCCCAGCAAGCAGAGCACGGAGACCAAGCGGCGCGAGGAGCGGCGCAAGCACCGCGCGCUGGCUGCCGACCACCUGCGCGCCGGCCGGGACCGCGAAGCGCGCGAUUGCUUCCAGCGCUGCGUGGACGUGACGCCGGCCAUGGCGCUCCAGGUCAUCAAGGCCUGCCGCAGCCGUGGCGUUGACUGUGUGGUGGCGCCGUACGAGGCGGACGCACAACUGGCCUUCCUGGCGCGUAACGGCAUCGCCGACCUGGUCAUCACGGAGGACUCGGACCUCGUGCUGUUCGGCUGCCCGCGCAUCCUGUUCAAAAUGGACGCGGCUGGCAACGGUCGCCUGAUCGAGUCCAGCGCGCUGCCGCUGUCGCUGGGCGGCUCGGCCGACAAGUUCUCGCUGGAGCGACUGCGGCUGGUCUGCAUCCUGUCCGGCUGCGACUACCUCGCCUCGCUGCCGGGCGUCGGGCUGGGCAAGGCCAGCAAGCUCCUGGUGCGCGCCGCCGGCGCCGCCGAUGUGACGGCCAUCCUCGACAAGCUGCCGGCCUACCUGAACAUGCGCUCGCUGACGGUCAGCGCGCAGUACAAGCGCGACGUACAGCGCGCCGAGGACACGUUCCUGUACCAGCUGGUGUUCGAUCCGCUGGCGCGGCGGCUCGUGCCCCUCACGCGGUACCCGGCCGGCCGCUCGGCCGCCGACUACCCGUACGCCGGCGCGUGGAUGGACGACGCCGCCGCGCUGCAGAUCGCGCUCGGUAACGUCGACGUGGCGACGGGCGCUGUGGUCGACACGUACUGCCCGGAUCGGCCGGGGGCGCGGCCGGCGCACGCGCCGCACCGCAGCAUCUGGGCGCGCGACUACGUGCCGGCGCGGCGCGUCUGGCCGGCCGGGGCGGCCCCAGUGUCGCGCGCAAGCACCGCGGGCAAGGUAUCGCUGCUGUCCGUGUGGGAGGGACUAAAGAGGACGGCGGCGGCGGCGGUCAGGCAGAAGCCACCUCCCGAGGAGCCGCGUCUGACGCAGGCGGACCUGGCGGCACUGUACGCGGCCCCAGCGCCGCCCGCCGAGACGGAGUCGCAGCCGUCUAGCGGGGAGCCAGCCGACGGAGCGGGCUCCAGCGACGGAGACGGGGCCGGCAGCGGCGGCCUGGAGUCGUCCUCGGUCGAACCGGACCUGCGGCGGCGGCUGAGCGGCGGUGGCGGCGAAGGACUCACCGAGGUUGUCACCAGCAAGUACUUCGCGACGCCGGCCGAGCCGGCGGCGGACCCACUUCGUGCGCCCGUUCAGAGUAUGGAGGAGUUCCUGAAGCGGCGCCGCGACUCGCAGCUCAAUCUCAAGCAGAUGUUCGCGUUCAAAAAGACUGAUUUGCCUAAGUUAAAGAAGUAG